UCAGAGUGGUUGCUAUAGUGAUAACUGGGAGGGCGGGGGCUUGCCGGAGAAGGUUGCACUUACCGUAGACAAUGUAUGGGGGUAAGCCGGUAGGCAUAAUUCAAAUCAGACUAUUUUAUAUUUCUUUAUCACCCUAAAUGUAUCUAAAUGAACAUUUUGUGUAUUUGCCGUCGCUCAUUAAAUCCUGUUGCUAUUUGCACGCUUCCAUAUCCGAUAUCGUCAAGAAAGAUUGAGCGUGUAGUAGCGGGAUUGCUGGGUGGCUAGCGGGCGCAGAAGGAAAACCAUCAGCAAUUCAGAGAAGCGGCGGCGCAGACCCGUUUUCCCAGGGUCACUCGACAGUCAUUGUCGGAAGAAAAGGUAUCUACACAUGGAGGAACUGCUGGGUUGUUACUGAAAAACAACAACCGUGUUCUGGACGGACUGUUACAACAUGUCUUGUCGGCGACUGGUUUGGAGGCUUGACGGCGCUUGAUCAUAAGGCCUGGUUUUCAAUCUGGAAAUUUCUUGCUUGGGAUAGCAGUACCCUUUUUCUGACUACAUUGCAUUUUUUACUGCACCCACCCGACGCCCCCCUCUCCCCAGCAGACACGAUGCGGACUGUAUCGAAAAUUUGAUUUUAAAUCUAUUCGAGCUUUACACUAGCUAUCGAUUAAAAGAUUGUUUCCAACGCAGUCUUUUAUGGGAUCAUUACUUCGUUUCGGUCAGCGGCUCUAAGCAAAAAUGUUGAAUUGGAGGCGGUUGCUGCGGGUAUCAAACCGCUCCUUUUUUGCCUUCAUUUUUUUAUUUUCUCUGUCUACGUCUUGUCUCUACUUCAUUUACGUAUCUCCAGGAAUUGCGAACACCUACUACUUCAUGGUCCAAGCCCAGGGCAUUAUGCUGAGAGACAACGUGCGGACGUUCGGGCACAUGAUCCGGCUCUACACCAAUAAGAACGGCACGCUCAAUGGAACAGAUUAUCCCGAUGGCAGCAACUCCAGCGAGGUCAUCGCUCAGCCCAUCGCAUACCUCCCCGAGAACUUCACCUACGCGCAGAACCUCCCGUGCCCAGAAAAACUGCCUUCUAUGAAGGGUCAUAUUGAUGUUAAUAUGACCGAAAUACCCAUGGAGAAGAUCCUCCAGAGGUUUUCCCGGAGCUCAGACAUGGGGCCUGCAGGCCACUGGAAGCCACGGGACUGCAAGCCGCGCUGGAAGGUGGCCAUACUCAUCCCCUUCCGCAACCGGCACGAACACCUCCCAAUUCUUUUCCAGUACCUCAUUCCCCUCCUGCAGAACCAGCGCCUGCAGUUUGCCUUCUACGUCAUCGAACAAACAGGAAGUCAGCCCUUCAACCGAGCCAUGCUGUUCAACGUAGGAUUCAAAGAGGCCAUGAAGGACCUGGACUGGGACUGUCUGGUGUUCCACGACGUGGACCACAUCCCCGAGAACGACCGCAACUACUACGGCUGCGGUCAAAUGCCCCGCCACUUCGCUGCCAAACUGGACAAGUACAUGUACAUCCUCCCGUACAGCGAGUUCUUCGGCGGCGUGAGCGGCCUCACCGUGGAGCAGUUCCGGAAGAUUAACGGCUUUCCCAAUGCAUUCUGGGGCUGGGGCGGAGAGGACGACGACCUCUGGAACAGAGUGCACUUUGCUGGGUUCAAUGUAAGCAGACCUGAGGGAGACCUGGGGAAGUACAAAUCCAUUCCACAUCAUCACCGGGGAGAGGUGCAGUUCCUGGGGAGGUACAAGCUGCUGAGGUACUCCAAAGAGAGGCAACACCUUGAUGGUUUGAACAACUUGAACUACACGCCCAAAAUCACUUUGUGCAGCUUAUACAAAAAUAUAACCGUCAACCUUCAUCCAGAACUGGCGCCUAUUCCAGAUUACUGACUGCAGUCAUCCGCUACCAUUUCUUCACUCUCCAGUUAACUAAGAUCUUCCUGGGAAGGAUGUGGACCCCUCCAGGGAAGGAAUGUCAUCCCGCACCGUUCUGGGAACGCGUUGAAAUGUUUCCAAGUUACCUGGCUCGUCGAGGAGAGAUUUCACCGCGAAGUAUGUGGCCCGGAUGAUGGAUUGUGCGUGUCAUUGCAUGUUGUCUCUGUGCCGGCUUUAUCUACUAAACCCACACCACAUUUCAGAGGGAAGGAACAUCCGUGCCAACUGGUACAGAGUUUGCUGCAUAGCCUUAAGAAAACCACACAUUCUGUCUCGCGGUUUGUGUUCUUAUCAAAGCCACUUUGGUCAAAUGUAGAAGGGAGGUGUCCAGUCAAAGUCUGUCAGUUGAUAUGCUGUACAUUGCAUUCUGUGUAAAAUUCUUUGUAAAAUGUAUUGUAUUCAUUCAAUUGUAUUAAAUACUGAUGGUUGUGUAGUAUAUUCUCUUCAAAAUAUUAAUAUACGCUAUUCAUAGAUGUGCCGUGUAAGCUGUUGAAGUGUGAUAUUGCCACCCGUUGAUGGCUUCUAGCACAUGAACAUACCUUUAACCCAAUGGUAAAGCCCUUUUCAUUUUAUUGUAAGAUACUGGACCCCUGGAUUGAAUGAGGGAUGAUUUAUUUUCUCCUAAAACUAAAACGGUCUGUUCAUAGGAAUGAUAUUUUGCGGAGGAAAUGAAAAAAAAAAGAAAAGAAAAGAAAGAAAUGGCCUCAGACUCUGAAGACUCAUGGGCUUUCACCUCUGGAUUUGUCCUGGCCUGCUACACCAUGCUUUUCACCUGAGCUGCACUACACUAUAUCAGUUCAUAGAUUUUGACUGGACCUUUGCUUUUACCAUUACCAUUGAAGCCAAUAGAUAUUUGCUUAUACCAUACGUUUGUACACACACACAUAUAUAUAUUUUUUAUUAUUUCCUAGAAAAUUAUUUGUAUAUGUGAUGUAUAUUUGACAAUACAUUUUUUAUUUUAUUUUUUUAUUUAAUGUGUUUUUAAAUUUUUUUUUUAUUAUUUUUUUUUUUAAGAACUCAUUGUUCAUGCGUUUACAUGAGCACUCCAUAUCUGGCUGUGUGUUACGCAGAGACCAUUUGCAUGAGCGGACCCUGUGUAAAUAAGGGCCUUUUAAAAUGGUUGGUGUAGUAGAACUUUUAACCAUAUUCGAGUGUACUUUUAUUUUGGCAGCUAUGUCCCAUUUCCUCGACACCAUUUUAGUAGGUAAUGUUUGAACUGAGCGAGUGGCCUUGAAACAGCAGGCUCAGUGUGAGCAGAGGCUUGUUGACCGCACCUUUCAUGCAUGCCUUAAUUGAUUUCAUUUUCUUUCUCUUUUUUGUUUUUACUACCUUUCCGGUUUUGUCCUGUACAUGGUUUUGAUCCUUUGUUCAAGUGCACUGUGUUAAAGGUCACAUUCUGCUUGUAUGAAGGCAUGGUGUGGACGCCCCGCAGUGCUACAAGGGGCUUGUGUCCCUUUCCAAGAUGUGCCAGAAUGUUCCUGACAAAAUGUACUGCAGGUCUCGAUUGUAAGAUUUUAAAAAAAAUUGUCAUUUUAUGUUUUUAUUUAUAUUUAUUUUUUGAGGUCUACCUGAGACUGUAAAAAUGCCGAAAAGAGACAGCAAAGAUGACUGCCUUGUAGAAUGAACUAGGUCAUAACCCUGUAGACCUCCUGCUUUAAAGAAGCUUUAUAUAGUGCAGGCUGAGAAUGCCUUGUAUUCACUCAUUUUAUACCUGCUCUUUCCCCCUCCACCUUUAUGGACUUUUUGUGUCUCAGUCUUGCUUGCAAAUGCUUUCUUUAUUUUUGAGGCUGUCAGCAGGAAUCGUGAAAGCAAAACUGCCAGUAACUUAUUCAAUUGCUCUCCGCAGAAAGCGUCCUCCAUAGUUGUAUGAAUUAAAACCGUAACUGUCUGUCUCAUAAAAGCUUAUGAACUCCACCUGGCAGGCAUUGCUGCUGCUUCCAUCGGUCAGGAUUCCUAGGAGGAAGGUUAAUGUGGUUUGUAGUUUCCAAGCCUGUUCCGCCUGUUGCAUAAUUUGUAAAUAUCAGCCCAUAACAUGAAAAAGCAUUAAUCAGAUUAGGAACUGUCAACAUUGGCUGUGCACUGUAUAUCAGUCCUUUUUUUGUUGUUGAAUACGUGACAAAACUACAGUAUACACAAAAAUUGAGAUGGGGGGUUUGAUUGGGAAAAGCUGUUGACAUUGGCAUGUUGUCAUUCUAGUCAUGCAGCCCUUUGUCAUUUAAUUUGUUUCAUUCACAUGUUGUUCUUCAUGUAUGCAUCCCUGUAUGUGUAUUAUGGUAAGUGGUGCAGAGGAGUCAUAUUUAAUGUUACUUUGCAUACAGUAAGUGAAGUUUGCUCAAGACCUCUUGAGCAAAAGUUGACAGGGACUUCUGAUGUGUUUAACAGUUCAUGGAUAAUAAGUUAAUGCUUAUUAGCAGCAUGGGCUGCUCAGUUUACCUCAGUCCUCAGAAAGGAUGCUCUGAGUGGGCAUGUUUACCAGUCAUCCAGUGUAGCACUAAAUGGGCUAAAAAUAUAAAAUGGAAGGUAGCCUGAAAGAUUAUGGGAAAUGUGAAAUUGCUUUUGUGCUUGUAUCUUUUCUACUCCCCUUUAGUAGAUUUUUCUUUUUUAAUAGGUGUACUGUCUGAACUCGGACACAAUGUGACUGCUAACCUGACAAUAUUGAUGUUAUUGUGAAAUAACUGGCUAAUCGUUGAGCCUCAAGCUCAUUAGUUAGCCAGGUAUGCGUUUACUUGAACUACUGAUUCAGGAUACAGGUUACAGUAGCUAGCAGUUUAUCUGCAGAAGUUCUUUAAAAAAAAAAAAAAAAAAAAAAAAAAAAAAGGUAAAUGGCUUCCUUUCUCAAUUCACUCUGUUAUAAAAAAAAUAAAAUACAUUUUUAAAAAAAGUAUUGGUGGGUCAUCCUGGAAAAAUGCACUUUACCUUGUUUUUCUGUGGCCCCCAAGCCAGAGAGAUGGGCCAUUAAAAAAAAAAAAAAAAAAAAAAAAAAGAGGGUCCAGUUGUAAAUAUUUUAAUCUGCCUGGAUGAGGGCCUCUUGUUAAUUGUUGAAUAUGAUAUUGAUAAAUGGUCCGUCAGUCUGGUUCAGUACGUUUAGCUUGUGUCCGAGGGAGACUACAGAUGCAGGAGGGCAUUUAUGUUUACAGCUUUAGACCAUUCAAAGAUGUGUACGUUUUAUUGGCUGAAUAACCCAAGUGUUCAGAUGUCGGGUGUAUUUUUAGAAUUGGGUUUUUUUUUGUUUGUUUUUUUCCACCAUGUUCCAUCUUUAAAGAUUGACAGUGUAAUAACCAAAGUUUAUAUGUAUGGUGAAGUGCCAUCCAGGAGUGCAUUCCCCUGUUGUUUCCUUAUAAUGUCAAAUAUUUAAAUACAAAAUGUAUGAUUCUCCACAAGGCUGUUUCAUUAGGUUGAGUUAAUGGAUAUCAUGGAGAUGGGGUCACAGACUGUGAGUUUAAUGUCUGAUUCAUAUUCCGGGUUUUGUGUAUUCCCAUGGUGUUUUAUUGCCCAUUUAAGGAAUCGUGGAAAAAAAGUGGAUAAUCGUUGACGACGAUUGAUUUUUAAAAAAAGAUUUUAAACAUGUUCACUGAUUUUACUUGGGCCAGCUACACCGUAGCUAUCACGUUCACAUAGGGGGGUUCUUCAGAGUUGACAGCCUGAUGUACUGUAGGUGACACCAAAGUGCACCUUUCGCAUCGAGAUUUCCCUGCUAUGCUCACCACCAAGCUCCUCGCCUUCUUACAGUUCAACCACUUGGUAAAUACACGGAUACCUGUAUAUACUGAAUUACAACCACAUCGCCAAAAGACAUAUAAUUAUUUUACUGUGGAGUAUUACGUUUUGCAGUAUUCAUUUAUUUAUAUACUUGUGCCUUGAGGUCCCCCUUUUUUAUUGUUUUACUUCUUACUGCUCUCUUGAAAUGCUAUUUAUGUUUUUGGCUGUGACUUUAGGCUUGUGUUGCUUUUCAGUGAAAUUUGAGUGCACAUGUUCGAUUUUAUUUAUGAGCUCCGACCUAGGCAAUCAAGCCGUUUUGAUUGAACAUGCUUAUAUUAUUGAUAUAAGUUUGCUGUUGAAGGGGAAAAUUUGCUAUAAACAUGUCCAGUCGUUAAAAAAGUUUUGACAGUAUGGCUGCUCUCUCUCCAAUGACCUGUGCAAUUGACAUUACCCACCUCUUGUCCUCCCGAGACGAUAAAGCCGUUCAGACUCUAGUUUGGCUCUAACCUUUUUUUAUUUUUAUUUAUUUUCUUUUUUUUAUUCUGCAGAAGUAAAAUACUUUGGUUGCCAUGUUCUUGCAGCACAAUGCUUUAGUUAAGAUGAGUCAUCUUCAAGCAAAGCCUUGUAUUUGAACAUUUCUCUGGAAUGACAUGGGUGUAGUUUCAAAUAGGAUUGCCUGCAUUUCUUUUUUUUUUUUUUUUUUUUUUUUUUUUUUGUUGCACAAAGUUUUGUAGCAAGUUAUCUUUGGCAGCUUUAACAGGACAUGUUUACUCCGUGGAAGUUAUUGUAUCCAUUUGCUUGUUCAUAAAAUACCAUUUACGAUUGUCCAUUGAUCAUGCAGUGUGCAUGUUAAAUACUGAUCAACAUCACUUUCCUGUCUAGUUUUGGUCGUAUGACUGCCCCACCCAGAUCCAAACUGAGAAUUAUGACUUGAAAACAGCGAUAUUUGAGUCACACCAAUACAAAUUAAUGUAAGCUAUUCAUCUCCUGAUUUAUGUCCAUAGGAUAUUUGUAUAUUUUUUAUCAUUGUCUUGUAUGAAAAUAAAUGCACAAAUAUUAGCAAAGCAGAA